UAUGAAGGCUGUCUCAAUUUCUUCUCUCCAAAAUGCUGAGGAAUAACUUAGACAACAGUUCAGACUCUGAAAGUGAAGACGGCUCGGUCUUUUCACGGACUGAACACAACAUUGUUGCAGCUUACUUGAUCACGGCAGGUAUGAUAAGUAUUCUCAGCAACAUAAUAGUUCUGGGCAUCUUCAUUAAGUAUAAGGAUCUUCGGACUCCCACAAAUGCAAUUAUCAUUAACCUGGCUGUUACUGACAUAGGGGUCAGUAGCAUUGGAUAUCCCAUGUCUGCAGCUUCAGACCUGUAUGGAAGUUGGAAAUUUGGAUAUGCAGGAUGUCAGGUUUAUGCCGGGUUGAAUAUCUUUUUUGGAAUGGCAAGUAUCGGAUUGCUCACUGUUGUGGCCGUGGAUCGAUACCUGACCAUCUGCAGGCCUCACACAGGUACAGCGCUUCUCUCCGUUUUCUCAGUGAAAGGAAGAAGAAUGACCACCAACACUUACAUCAGCAUGAUUCUGGGGGCCUGGCUCAAUGGUCUCUUUUGGGCUUUGAUGCCGAUCGUAGGGUGGGCUAGCUAUGCCCCAGAUCCUACUGGGGCUACUUGCACCAUAAACUGGAGGAAAAAUGAUGCACCUUUCAUUUCUUUCACAAUGACAGUUAUUGCGAUAAAUUUUAUUGUACCCUUGACAGUGAUGUUUUACUGCUAUUACCACGUCACUCGGACCAUUAAAUGUCAUAAUACUAGUAACUGCACUGGAUACCUCAACAGAGAUUGGUCAGAUCAGGUAGAUGUGACAAAGAUGUCUGUGGUAAUGAUAUGUAUGUUUCUGGUGGCGUGGUCCCCUUAUUCCAUCGUGUGCUUAUGGGCUUCUUUUGGUGACCCAAAGAAGAUCCCUCCCUCAAUGGCCAUCAUAGCUCCACUAUUUGCAAAAUCUUCUACAUUCUACAAUCCUUGUAUUUAUGUGGUUGCUAAUAAAAAAUUUCGGAAGGCGAUGUUUGCCAUGUUCAAAUGUCAGAGUCACCAAGCUAUGCCCGUGACGAGCAUUUUGCCAAUGGAUGUAUCUCAAAACCCACUGACUUCUGGAAGAAAGUGAAAUAAGAGAAAAAAGCACACAGUAUCAAAAUAUUUUAUUUACAUUUUUCUCCAAUGGUUUGGUUUCAUUUUAAAUAUGAUCCUGUUUAGAUCAGAUACAUAGAGCAUUGUCCUAUCAGACCCUAAAUUCCUCAAGUGUAGCUCCUAGUUCUUCUGUUUGUGGGAUGACCACUGUAGUGAAUGCUUCCUCGUUGCCUUUAUGUAAACUUAUGUCUAUCUCCUUUGGUGAAUUGAGGCACAUGAGAUUAAGGCCCAUUUUCUUCUCCCAGUCAUGGCAUUCAUGGCACUGUAUCAAUAACUGAGCAAUUGUCUGGGUCCUCCAUUAGACUAGUAGUCACUAUUUUAAUGUUAAAACAAAUUAAUAAUAAUAAUAGUCUUCAAUGAGUAAAUUACAGAAAUGAGUCGUUGGAUAUUCCUAGCUGGAUGGAAAACAUUUUUAUCAUUUCACAUUAAAAAUUUUUUAAUGCAAAUAUUAACAUACUAUUUAACAAAAUAAACAAAUGAAUAUUAAACACUAUUGCUUCAAAAUCACAUUAGUUGAUGCAUAUAUUUACUUCAUAUAGUAAUAUAAUCUCUGUGUAUGUUUUUAUGUAUUCUGUAUAGAUUUUUCUGUAUAGAUUUCCAUAUAUUUGCCGCUAGAAUUAAUCAGAGUGGGUUUUUUGGGUGUGUUUUUGCUCUUUUGUUCCUUUUUGUCUGAAAUUUACUUUAUAGUGGCAAGAACACGACAUGUGAUCUACCCUCUUAACCAGUUUUUAAGUAUAUAAUAUAGUGUUGGUAACUGUGAAUACAGCAUUGGACACCAGAUCUGCAGAACUUAUGGUCUUGCUUAAGUGAAACAUCUAUUGAUAGCCAUAUUCUUAGCUCAUAGAUUGAUGUAUUCUUAGCUCAUAGUUGCAUGUUGCUUGGCAUAUAGAAGGCACUCAAUAAAAAAACUGUGGAAUGUUGAAUACAUUGUAGACUCACAUAUUUGUUGUUUGAAAUAACCAUUAAGCAUAGUAUGAUAAUGUAACACUGUUUAAAUAAUGGACAUUUAAAAUCUGCAGUAUUUUAUUUUAAUUGAGCACAUUUUCCUGACUUUAUUGUUUCUAUAUGCAUUCUAUCAGUUUUAAAUAAAACUUCCCGUAAUAUUCUUACUUUUAUAGAA